AGCAGAAGUGGUUUCUUGAACAAGGUCGUUAGACGUAUUGUUCAAGGUUCAGUAGUAAAUACUAAUAAAAUGGGUACCUCAUUUUCGCGGACUUGUAAUAUAAACUCCACAUCAAGCAGGGAAACCAAUGAAAGACGUGGCACCAUUUCCCGCUUGGAAUCAACCAACAACUAUGUAGAGUCAGUUGUCUGCAAUCAAGAUGACUUGAAAGACAAUGAAAUGAAAGUCUUCGAUAUCGGAGAUGAAGGAAAAGUGCUGCUCGUCAAACAGAAAGGGGAAUUCAGUGCCUUGGGCACUAAGUGCACUCAUUAUGGGGCUCCGCUGGUGUCUGGGGCUCUUGGAGACGGGAGGAUAAGGUGCCAGUGGCAUGGAGCUUGCUUCAACAUCAAGACGGGGGAUAUUGAAGAGUUUCCUGGCUUUGAUUCACUGCCGUGCUACAAGGUUACAGUUACUGAAAAAGGAGAAGUCAAAGUACGCGCCAAGAUCAGCGACCUAAAGAGCAACAAGCGCAUCAAGGACCUCGGCAGCCCCUGCAGCGCCGACGGCUCCUCCGUGGUCAUCGUGGGCGGCGGCCCCUCGGGCGCCACCUGCGCCGAGACCCUCCGCGCCGAGGGCUACCGCGGCCGCAUCACCAUCGUCGCCAGGGAACACUUCCUCCCCUACGACAGGAUCAAAGUGUCCAAGAUAGGAACAGCCACCGACAUAGAGAAACUCCAAGCAAGGACACAGGAAUAUUACAGUGGAUCGAAUAUUCAUGUUAUCACAGACACAGAGGCCGUUAAAGUCGAGCCUGAUGCGAAACUAGUACAUCUGAGCAACGGCUCCAAACUGUCUUAUAAUUCUUUGUAUUUGGCCACCGGAUGCAAACCCCGUGUGCCUGAUGUACCUGGCAUUGAUCUUAAGAAUAUAUUCACUGUCAGAGACUUUCAGGAUUCAAUGGAUAUUUUGAAUGCUUUAGGUGAGGGCGGAGAUAAGAACGUAGUCGUUUUAGGCUUGAGUUUCAUCGGUCUUGAAAUAGCCUCGUCUUGUGUUAAGAAAGCAAAGUCCAUGACUGUCGUUGGGAAAGACGACGCGCCUUUAGGGCUCGUGUUUGGUAGAGAGAUAGGCCAGAGCCUCCAAAAGCUGUUUGAAGAGAACGGUGUGACGUUCCAUUUCCAAACCACAAUCGUGAAAUGCAACGGUGAGAACGGUGUUAUCAAAUCGGUGGAACUCGCCAACGGGACCACAUUGCAAGCCGAUAUGCUCAUUUUGGGUGUGGGAACUACCUACUACACAGACUUUUUAAGAGAUACCGGUAUCGCUUUGCAACCCAACGGCGCGGUUAACGUCAACGAUAAGUUGGAAACUAAUAUCAAACAUAUUUAUGCCGGUGGUGAUAUCGCGUACGCUCCCGUGUACAGUUACGAGAACAAACAAAUGAGCAUAGGUCAUAUUGGCUUAGCUCAGUACCAUGGACGAGUGGCAGCUUUGAACAUUCUGAAGAGGGAAGCGCCUUUAAGAACAGUUCCAUACUUCUGGACUAUGGUAUUCGGGAAGUCUAUUCGCUACGCUGGGUGCGGGCGCCCGGCUAGCACGAUGAUAGAUGGCGAUAUCGCUGGCCUCAAGUUCGUCAUUUUCUUUUUCGAUGAGAAGGACAAGGUGAUUGCCGUGGCGUCCUGCAUGAGGGACCCGGUCGUGUCCCAGUUUGCGGAGUACUUACAUCAAGGGAAAUCUCUGUUCAGGAAGGACCUCAAAGAUGACGCUUUUGCGUGGACCAAAAAUAUUAAUUAAUUUCAAUAGGAUGUUUGGUUGGUCGAAU